AUGGACGCCUUCAAGGGGGGUAUGAGCCUGGAGCGGCUGCCGGAGGGGCUCCGGCCACCGCCGCCACCGCCGCAUGACAUGGGACCCGCCUUCCACCUGGCCCGUGCCGCUGACCCCCGCGAGCCGCUCGAGAACUCAGCCAGCGAAUCGUCCGACACGGAGCUGCCAGAGAAGGAGCGCGGCGGCGAAGCCAAGGGGCCCGCGGACGGCGGUGCGGGCGGCGCGGGCUGCGGCGGCGUGGAGGACCCGGCCAAAAAGAAGAAGCAGCGGCGGCAGCGCACGCACUUCACCAGCCAGCAGCUGCAGGAGCUGGAGGCCACGUUCCAGAGGAACCGCUACCCCGACAUGAGCAUGCGGGAGGAGAUCGCCGUGUGGACCAACCUCACGGAGCCGCGCGUGCGGGUCUGGUUCAAGAACCGGCGAGCCAAGUGGCGGAAGCGCGAGCGCAACCAGCAGCUGGACCUGUGCAAGGGCGGCUACGUGCCGCAGUUCAGCGGCCUGGUGCAGCCCUACGAGGACGUGUACGCCGCCGGCUACUCCUACAACAACUGGGCGGCCAAGAGCCUGGCGCCCGCGCCGCUCUCCACAAAGAGCUUCACGUUCUUCAACUCCAUGAGCCCACUGUCGUCGCAGUCCAUGUUCUCGGCCCCCAGCUCCAUCUCCUCCAUGACCAUGCCGUCCAGCAUGGGCCCCGGCGCCGUGCCCGGCAUGCCCAACUCGGGCCUCAACAACAUCAACAACCUCACGGGCUCCUCGCUCAACUCGGCCAUGUCCCCCGGCGCCUGUCCCUACGGCACCCCCGCCUCGCCCUACAGCGUCUACCGGGACACGUGCAACUCGAGCCUGGCCAGCCUGCGGCUCAAGUCCAAGCAGCACUCGUCGUUCGGCUACGGCGGCCUGCAGGGCCCGGCCUCGGGCCUCAACGCGUGCCAGUACAACAGCUGA